AUGGAUACCAAAAGGUCGCAUUACCGUAAAGAAGGUUCUCCACAACAGCUGCUAUGUCUGUCCAAAAGCAAAGGCAAAAUCCUAUGGGUUACCCGACUUCCCUGCGCAUCCUAA